GUGCUGCGUAGAUAGCUUUAUAUUCUUUUUGGGUCAUAUUUUUCAGUCUGUUCAGUUUUCUCUAUUCUGUUACGUCACAGUAUUUCCUGUGGAACUGCUAAACAAGGGCAUGGACUUCCGGCUAACAAUCUCGUGAAUCCUCCAUUUUUUUUAAAAAAAAAAAUUUUUUUUUUUUCGCAGCGAUUUUGUAGUCCAGUUCAGUAAUGCCGAAGUUGCAAGCAGACAAGUCAAAAUGUUCGGUUGUUGGGUGUAUUAACCCACACGAUUCCUUACAUCGCCCCCCGGCAUCAGAGCAUAUUCGAAGUGAAUGGUUAAAUUUUAUUUUUUUCGGAAAUGUACCCACAUCAGUGAGGAAAGUGUUCCGUGUUUGCGCGAAACACUUCAAGGACGAGUGCUUCAGCAACCUCCGCCAGUAUCAAGAGGGAUUUGCCGAAAGACUUCAUCUGAUUGAGGGGUCAGUUCCUUCUCUCUACAGAAACCACGGACACAGCAAAGCGAAUGGGUUCCCUUCAUCAAAGAAGCAAAAACGCGAAGGAAAGAAACAACGUAACUGGCGUCAGGAUAAAACCACAGUCAAAAUUGGCACAGUAGCCUUUCCCGGAUGGAAGGAGUUGCGGAGAGAGAAGGAUUUUAAAAGUGACGCCGAAGUUGCCAGCUUUCUGCUCAACAGUUAUCGUCAGACCACAUCAGCAAGUCGAUCUGAACUGCCGAGCCUCAAAGAAAGCUCAUCUGCUGAAUCCCGUCAAAGUGUGUGCCGUGAAGAUCAAUUUGGGAUGAGUUUAUCAAAUGAAGCUGAAAAGGAAAAAGAUUCUUCUAUCCAGUCAACGAGAAAUGGAAAGGAGCUGAGGAAAAAAGAUGCAAGCAAAAAUGAAGAAAAUGGAGCUCAAGAAGAUGGAAACAGAAAAUUCAGGACCUCAUUAAGUGUGGGAGAUGGACGCCAUCUGGUUGACUUGGGAAGUUCAUCAGAGAUCAUUGUGGAUGAAGAGUGCAUCCUCCAGCUGCUCGAGUCAUGCCGAGAAUGCAGCAGACAGUGUACAGUGAGGAAAGCGGUCAAAGGACUGAAGCUGGUUGUUUACCAGGAGUGCGGUUUCUGCAAGAGCCGCUGUAAGUGGACCAACCUGCCGGAUGAUGAUGAUGACAAAGACGAUGGUUAUUUCCAGAUUGAUGGGAAAGAGUCAGCAAAUAAACGGAGCACAGCAGUAUCACCAAGAAGUAGCACUAGCUGAGGAGAUGUCAUGGAUGAUAUUAAUCUGAGAGGACUGUCACUGCACUGGAGCAAGAAUAUGAUUCACAGUGGAUGAAGCAUCUCAUUGUGGAGCUACCAAUCAAAAAAAAAAAAAACACCUGAUACAGGUGGGAGAGUGGUUGGAUAAGCUUAACAUAGCUGGUGUGUAAUUCUGUGUGGUGGCACACACCACACAGAAUUACUGACACUCAUUCUCAGCUAGAUCGUCUGCAGCUUACCACAGGUUCAUGUUUAAAACUCACUUGAUCUUAUUCCUUGUUAAACGUCUGUGGACUUUAACAUAGUGUUUGGGUUUGUUUCUGCAAAUUCACACUGACAACAGUUGAUGGAUAAGAAGAUUCCCUGAAGAAAGGUGGACUGUGCUCUCGAUACAAUUUCUUGUGAAAAAUGCUCUUUUCAGCAUCUUCUGCUCCUCUUCCAAUUUUGUAACUUAAGAUAUUUGCUAAGGAAAAGACUGUAGACACUGUUUUAAAAGAUGUUUCAAAUUGU